AUGGGCUCAGGUCGUCCUUCGCCUGGUGUUCGUCGGCCAACGCAUGCUGGUUCCUGGUACGAGGACGAUCCCGCACUCCUGCGAGAGGAGCUACAGCAGAUGCUGGGUGCGGAAUAUGCUAAUGGUGCGACGGCAGACCCGGGACUCCGCGCCGUGAUCUCGCCACAUGCAGGUCUACGCUUCUCCGGCUCGGUUGCAGCCGGCGUCUUCGCGCGCUUGGAUGUGGAGAGUUUGCAACGUAUCUUCCUGCUUGGGCCGUCGCACCAUGAGCCCCUGGAUGGUUGCGCUUUGCCCGGUGAGGAGGUCGUGGCAUACAGGACUCCACUGGGAGAUCUUCCGCUGGACCUAGGGAUCCUUGCAGAGCUACGCAAGACCCAUGAGUUCAGUCACCUGCCGAUGCACGUGGAUGAGGCUGAGCACUCCCUCGAAAUGCAGCUGCCCUUCCUGGCACUUCUUUUGAACAGCCCAAAGAGGCGUCAUCUGCCCCCUGUGACCAUCGUUCCGAUACUCGUUGGCCAGGUGGAUGCCCGCAGCGAAGCCCGUUAUGGGCAUCUCCUGGCACCCUUCCUGGAGCAGAAGGGAGCGCUGUUCGUGGUUUCUUCCGACUUUUGUCACUGGGGUGCUCAGUUUGGCUACACACGCGCAGGCUCUCCAUCCCUCGCAAAGACCUACCGAGAUGGCCCUCAUCCAGACAAUGCUCGGAUUGAGGGCCUUGAUCGUGAGGGAAUGGAACAUAUCCAACGCCAAGACGCUGCUGGUUUCCGGGCGUAUCUUCGGCGAGAAGGCAACACGAUUUGUGGCCGUCAUCCGAUCCUGGUUUUGUUGGAGAUGCUGGCUGCCCGUGAAAGUCGCGCUGAAAUGGGCGUGGACUUUGUGAAGUAUGCGCAAUCGAGUGCGAUGCCGGGAAUGCCACCUCCACGGACAGCCUCGGUCUCUUAUGCGUGCGCUGUGUGCAGACCAGUGUUCGUGGGCGGCGGGUGA